AUGGGUUCAGAAAGAAGGAAAGCAUUACCAUUCAAAGCUAAAAUGCCAGAUAUUGCCAACAUAUUAAGACUUUUGAAUGAACUUCUCGCAUGCUUUAGGGUUACUUUGCAAGGAAAGUUUGGCCAGAUUUUGGAUCUCCUCUUAGUAGAUGUUCAAACACCAGCCAUCAUCGCUUUGACUCAGUUCUAUAAUCCUCCGCUUCGAAGCUUCUUAUUCCAAGACUUUCAGUUGACUCCAACCUUGGAGGAAUUUGACCGACACUUGGGAUUUUCUAUGAAAGGAAAGACACCGUAUAAUAGGAUUAGUCAGGUACCUGAGGUAGAGAAGCUAGCCCUUGCACUCCACAUCCCCAUAUCUGAUGCAUUGGCUAAUUGGAAGAAAAGGGAUAAUCUCUUUGGUUUUUGGAGGGAAUACCUAGAAGAAGAAACAGAAAGGCUGUUUGUGAUACAUCAUUGGGAUGCAUUGGCAAAUAUAUUAUCUCUUCUCAUAUAUGGGCUAGUAUUGUUCCCAACCCAUGAAGGUUUUAUAGAUUCUGCUGCCAUAAGUGUCUUUUGGACCGUUUGGAAGGAUAAACAAAGUUUGGUUCCUCCACUAAUAGCCGACACUUUUCAUGCUUUGCAUACUCGAUAUCAAAAGAAGAACGUAAUAUUAAUAUGUUUCCUUCCAUUCCUCUAUAAUUGGCUUAUCUCAUAUGUGUUCAAGCCUAAUGCUCACAUCAGUGAAAUGUCCAAUGGGGAUUGGGCAAGAACUCUGGUGUCUUUGUCUAGUAAGGAUAUCCUUUGGUACCGACACAAGCUGAAUGUUGAAGAAAUCAUUGUCAAUUGUGGUAGUUUCCCAAAUGUACCACUAAUAGGAUCUAAAGGUUGCAUCAGCUACAACCCCAUGUUAGCUCUGCGAUAG